CCUGCGCCCGGGCUUCCGGUCGGUUGCCAAGGGUUUAAAUCGGAAUCCUAAACUUCCAAGAGCUACCGGUUGCUACUGCGAUGGCCCCGAAACCUGCGGCCCGUAGAUCGAGUGGCGGUGGACAACCAGUUUCCAGGAUAACCAGGAAAAGAGAUGAGGACGCUGGCCCAGAUGUGGGAGAAGGGGCAGAUGAGUGGGCUCAGGCCAAGACGCUGAUCAAACCCCCAGACCAGUUGGAGCUGAGUGAAGCUGAGUUAAAAGAAGAAUUCACUCGUAUCCUGACGUCCAAUAACCCACACGCUCCCCAAAACAUCGUCAGGUUCAGCUUUAAAGAAGGGACGUAUAAACCUGUAAGUUUUAUAGCCCAACUAGCAGUCCACUUCAGCUUGACUGGGAACAUGAUCCCCAAAGACUCAGAUGAAGGCAGACGGCAGAAUUAUGUAGCAGGAAGUAUUCAGGAGGUUGAGGAGGCUCAACCCGCAGAAGCAGAAGGUGGUGGUGAAGGUGAAGAAGGUGAAGAAGGUGAAGAAGGUGGAGAAGGUGGAGAAGGCGGUGAAGGCGGUGAAGGUGGAGAACCGAAGGAAGCAGGGAGUCAAGGGGAGGUUCAGGCGGCUGAAGAAGCGGCAGAAGGGGAAGCAGAAGCCGAAAUAGAAGAGGUUAUUACCCCUAGAAAGCCAAAGGAACGGAAGCUCACCAACCAGUUUAAUUUUAGUGAAAGAGCAUCUCAGACGUUCAACAACCCUUUACGGGACCGAGACUGUCAAAUGGAACCUCCGCCUAGAGCAAACUUCUCUGCCACAGCUACUCAGUGGGAGAUCUAUGAUGCAUAUUCGGAAGAACUGGAGAAACAAGAAAAGACUAAGGAGUUGGAGAAGGCAAAAGGCCCAGUAGCUAAAAAAGUUGAGAAGAAGACAACGGGGAAAUUGACAUCCCUGGAUUUGCUGAGUGACGACAUAACCAAGGUGACCCAAGCAGCCAAAAUAGUGGAGCGAAUGGUCAAUCAGAACACAUACGAUGAUAUUGCCCAAGAUUUUAAGUAUUAUGAAGAUGCCGCUGAUGAGUAUCGGGAACAGGAGGGCACCUUGCUUCCUCUCUGGAAGUUCCAGUAUGAUAAGGCAAAGCGCCUGGCUGUGACUGCCCUCAGCUGGAAUCCAAAAUAUAAUGAUCUGUUUGCAGUGGGACAUGGCUCUUAUGACUUCAUGAAGCAAAACCGGGGCAUGCUGCUCCUGUACACCCUGAAGAACCCCAGCUUCCCAGAAUAUAUCUUCAGCAGCGAGUGUGGCAUCAUGUGCCUUGACAUGCAUGUCGAGCACCCCUACCUGGUGGCCGUAGGCUACUAUGAUGGCAACGUGGCUAUCUACAAUCUGAAGAAGCCUCAUUCACAGCCAUCCUACAAGAGCUCAGCCAAGUUAGGAAAGCACUCAGAACCUGUGUGGCAGGUCAGGUGGCAGAAUGAUGACAUGGACAAUAAUCUGAAUUUCUUCUCAGUGUCAUCUGAUGGGCGGAUUGUAUCCUGGACUCUGGUGAAGAAUGAGCUGAUGCACACAGAUAUCAUCACUCUAAAUGUGGAGGGCACCACAACUGAAGGUCCAGAAGAACUUAACGUGUACACAAUUGGUUGUGGAACAUCCUUCGACUUCCACAAACAGAUCGACUACUUGUUUCUUGUGGGCACGGAGGAGGGUAAAAUCUACAAAUGCUCCAAAACCUACUCAAAUGAAUUCAUUGACGUGUUUGAGGCCCACAACAUGACAGUGGAUGCAGUGAUCUGGAAUCCAUACCAUUCCAAAGUCUUCAUGUCCUGCAGCUCUGACUGGACAGUGAAAAUCUGGGACCACACAAUCAAGAAACCAGUGUUCAUCUAUGACUUGAAUUCUGCUGUGGGUGAUAUAGCUUGGGCCCCAUACUCCUCUACUGUCUUUGCUGCAGUCACCGCUGAUGGGAAGGCCCAUGUGUUUGACCUGGUCAUCAACAAAUAUGAGGCUCUCUGCAACCAGCCAGUAGUGGCCAAGAAGAAAAGUAAGCUUACCCAUGUGCGGUUCAAUGCCGUUCACCCUGUCAUUAUUGUUGGGGAUGAUCAUGGUCAGGUCACCUGCCUCAAACUCUCACCCAAUCUGCGCAAGAUGCCCAAGAAGAAGAAGGGGCAGGAGGUGAAGAGAGGCCCAGAAGUAGAGAUUGCCAAACUGGACAAACUGUUGAACCUCGUGAAAGAAGCGAAGAGCUGAUCUAAGCUGUCCCCAGACUGCAGCGCCUCUGCUUACUGACCUGACCCAGAGUCUCUAUGCCUCAGACCAUGCACCAGUCCUGGGCAACCUCUUCCUCCAACCUGGCUCCAGGCCACCCCACAGAUACCCUCCUCCUUCAGUGUUAAUGCCCACGCAACAAGCAGUGAUCAUACACCACACACCUCCAACACCUGACCCUGUAACCAUACCCCUGAGCAAUGCCAGUGGUCUCAUUAUCCUGAAUUGUGGGAACAUGAAAGAGAUCGCCUUGCAGAUGUGCCUAUGGAGGCUAUUAAUUACCCCCUCCCUUAUGGAUAUACAAAACAUCACAGGCCCUAGCCCAGUAACCCUCAACACCCUCCUAGACAAAUAAACAGGUCUCAGAGUUAAAAAAAAAAAUCAAGAUCAGAGAAAUCUGAUCAUCAGGGGUCCAUAAAAUGGACUCUAGUAAUAGCAACAGCCUAAUUGCAUACUACUAUUUCACCAUGGGUCACUUUUAUGAAAAGGAACUACUCCCAAGUCCCCUGCACCUGUGCAGAUGACAGAGCCCUGCCAACAAGAGUCGGUGGUAGAACAAGGACUAAAAUUUAAGUUCGUUUUUUUGGACCUGUUUAAAAAGGACACAGGUCUCCCAAUCCAGUAUUCUUGCCACUACAGAGAAUAACUACUGAAAAAGUUUUUUAAACACUCUCCUCAAAAAGUAAUGAACUUUCCAUUACUGGAAAUAUGCGAACAAGGAGUAGAUAAGCAUUUACUACGGAUGUUGUAGAGACAGUUUCUGAAAUAUAUUUAGAUUCGGGAGCAGUAGUCUAGACUGUACUAGAUAUCUCAAAAGGGGGGCAUCCAUAAGACAUUUUUAAGUUUAAUAUGCAUUAUUAACAUCGCUAUUACUUCCUUAAGUCUAUACAAUCAAUAAAACAACAAUUUGAGCCUAA